AUGCGCACCGCCUGCGUCAGGGCAGCGAGCUCUGCCACCAGGCUCGCUCGCUCCACACGCGUUGCUCAGCCUCCUCGCCCGGCUGUCGCCAAAUGCACACAGCGCGCGAUCGUGAGCCAUGGUCAGCCGUUCAGAGCGUUUCAGCAAGCUGCGGCCGCUCAGCCCGCCGACGACGUGCUCGAGACACCCACGCAGAGCUCUGAUGCUGCAAAGCCGACUGAAGCGCUUGACACGUUUCCCCGCAGACACAUUGGUCCCUCUGCCGAGUCGGCCGAGGCGAUGCUGAAGGCGCUCGACCCGCCCGUAGGCAGUCUGGACGAGUUUGUGCGCCAGGUCAUUCCUGCAGACAUCCUCAACGACCGCGAGCUCAGCGUCGGGAAGCUCUCAGAUCGCCAUGGCACAGACUGGCAGGCGAAUGGCGUGCCCGAGUCGGUUUUCCUCAAGAACGCAAAACGCAUCAUGGGCCAGAACAGGCCUGGCAAGAGCUUGAUCGGUCAGGGCUACUACAACACAAACGUGCCCGACGUCAUCAAGCGCAACGUGCUCGAGAACCCUCAAUGGUACACCAGCUACACGCCGUACCAGCCUGAAAUCAGCCAGGGCCGCCUGGAAUCACUACUCAACUUCCAAACCAUGGUCACAGAUCUGACUGCUCUCUCGAUUGCGAACGCUUCCCUGCUCGAUGAGCCUACCGCCGCUGCUGAGGCUAUGACCAUGUCUCUCGGUGCGCUGCCAAUGUCGCGCCAGAAGCGUCCGAAUAAGACGUUCCUCGUUUCCUCCACCUGCCACCCUCAGACCAUCCAAGUGCUCUACUCGCGCGCCGAGGGAUUCGGCGUCAAGAUUGAAAUCGCAGAUGUACUCGCAGACAACAGCAAGCGCGUUGAGGAGCUUGGGCAAGAUCUCGUUGGUGUUCUGGCACAGUACCCUGAUACCGACGGUGGUGUCAGCGACUUCCGCGGUCUUGCAGACAAGGUCCACAAGCAGGGCGCGCUUUUCAGCGUAGCUACCGAUCUCCUUGCCCUUACGGUGCUCACUCCCCCAGGAGAGUUUGGCGCGGAUAUCGCGUUUGGAAACGCGCAGCGCUUCGGUGUGCCACUCGGCUUUGGUGGCCCUCACGCUGCCUUCUUUGCCAGCGUCGACAAGCACAAGCGCAAGAUUCCUGGUCGUAUCAUUGGUCUCUCCAAGGAUAGGUUAGGAAACCCAGCGGCGCGCCUUGCGCUGCAGACGCGAGAGCAGCACAUUCGUCGUGAAAAGGCUACAAGUAACGUUUGCACAGCGCAGGCCUUGCUUGCCAACAUGAGCGCCAUGUACGCCGUCUACCACGGACCAAACGGUCUGACACAGAUUGCUAAGCAGGUCGUCGCAAAGACGAGGCUUGUGCAGCAAGCACUUGUCGACGCUGGAUACAAGACUGGUCAGCGCGGAAACCUGGACAACGCUCCGGCUGCUUUCGAUACCUUUGUUGUGAAGACUGGCAACAACACCGAGCCACUGAUCGCCGAGCUGGAACGCAAUGAGAUCCUAGUGCGAAAGGUGGACGACAGUCACAUUGGUCUCUCGUUCGAUGAGACCACUACCUCCCAGACCAUUUCCGCACUACUAAAGACUCUCACCAAGGGCAGCGCCAAGGUCGACUUUUCACAAGAGGUCGCAGUUGAGGCACCUGAGGGCUACAAGAGGACUACCCCCUUCUUGACACACCCCGUUUUCAACUCGCACCACUCAGAAACCGAGCUGCUACGAUACAUCAACCACCUGGCCUCCAAGGAUCUGUCGCUUGUUCACUCAAUGAUCCCCCUCGGUUCCUGCACAAUGAAGCUUAACUCAACAUCCGAGAUGGCACCUGUGUCGUGGGAGACUACCGGCAACUUGCACCCCUUCCUGCCCCUCGAGCGUGCGAAGGGCUACCUCGAGAUGAUUGGUCAGCUUGAGAGUGACCUGGCGGACAUCACAGGUUUUGACGCCGUCUCGCUGCAACCCAACUCUGGCGCCCAGGGUGAGUUUGCUGGUCUACGCGUCAUCCGCAAGUACCUCGAGCAACAACCAGGCAAGAAGCGCGACAUUUGCUUGAUCCCCGUCUCUGCCCACGGUACCAACCCUGCCAGUGCAGCUAUGUGCGGCAUGCGUGUCGUGCCUGUCAAGUGCGACACCGCCACCGGUAACCUCGACAUUGCUGACCUCAAGGCCAAGUGCGAGAAGCACAAGGACGAGCUUGGCGCUUUUAUGAUCACCUACCCUUCCACUUUCGGUGUUUUCGAGCCCGCCGCUAAAGAGGCUUGCGACCUGAUUCACCAGCACGGAGGUCAAGUAUACAUGGACGGUGCCAACAUGAACGCCCAGAUCGGGCUGUGCUCACCUGGUGAGAUUGGUGCUGAUGUCUGCCAUCUCAACCUCCACAAGACCUUCUGCAUUCCUCACGGCGGUGGUGGACCAGGUGUCGGACCCAUUGGUGUGAAGAGUCACCUCGCUCCUUUCCUGCCAGGCCACUUACGUAACGAAACUGGCGGUGCGCAAGCAGUAUAUCCCAUAUCCGGUGCACCAUGGGGUAGCGCAUCCAUUCUCCCUAUCAGCUGGGCAUACAUCAAGAUGAUGGGCUCGAUUGGGCUGACACACGCCACCAAGAUGACGCUGUUGAACGCAAACUACAUCCUCUCUAGGCUCAAGCCUCACUACCCCAUCCUCUACACCAACGAUGAAGGCCGUUGCGCUCACGAAUUCAUUCUGGACGUGCGCGGCUUCAAGGAGUCUGCUGGCGUCGAAGCAAUCGACAUCGCCAAGCGUCUUCAAGAUUACGGUUUCCACGCCCCGACCAUGAGCUGGCCUGUCGCUAACACUCUCAUGAUCGAGCCGACAGAAUCAGAGAGCAAAGUCGAGCUUGACCGCUUCUGCGAUGCGCUAAUCUCUAUCCGCAAGGAGAUCAAGGAUAUCGAAGAUGGCAAGCAGCCCAAGGGUGCGGGUAAGAACUUGCUUACGAACUCACCACACACUCAGCAAGACCUCAUUGUAGGUGACUGGGAUCGCGCGUACAGCAGGGAAGAUGCUGCGUACCCGCUGGCAUAUCUAAAGGAGAAGAAGUUCUGGCCUAGCGUCACGAGGUUGGACGAUGCCUACGGUGACACCAACCUCUUCUGCACAUGUGCACCUAUGGAGUCUGAGGGCGGUGACAUCACCGGAGCCGCUGCGCCCAACCCAACCUAA